GCACGUGUUGUGGUGACAAAUGAUUUCGACAUAAGGUUGAAAUGUAGACAUAAUGAUGAUUAUAUUUAUACAUUUAUAAUAAGUAAUGUACAGUUUGAUGUGGUGUAUUAAAUAACUUUGAUAAUAGAUUUAGUGAGCAGAGAGAUGUGUUCGACAACUCCUGGACAGAUUUCUGUCCUGCAGAAGAAUCCCACCAACAUUCGAAAUAUCUGCAUUUUAGCACAUGUUGACCAUGGGAAGACAACUCUGGCUGAUGCAUUAAUUGCAAGCAAUGGAAUCAUUUCACAGAGAAUGGCUGGAAAGAUGAAAUAUAUGGACAGCCGAGAAGACGAACAGCUGAGAGGUAUCACGAUGAAAUCCAGCGCCAUUUCAUUGCUUCAUCAAACUGGACUUGAGAAGUAUCUGAUCAACUUGAUUGAUUCUCCAGGCCACAUAGAUUUCUCCAGCGAAGUGUCGACUGCUGUGCGACUGAGUGACGGUGCGAUUGUACUCGUUGAUGUGGUCGAAGGAGUCUGUCCACAGACCCAUGCUGUAUUACGACAGGCGUGGCUGGAGAACAUCCAGCUUGUCCUCGUGCUCAAUAAGAUCGACCGUCUCAUCACUGAGCUGAAGAUGUCACCGCUCGAGGCUCACGCUCAUCUCCAGCAUAUACUUGUUCAGGUGAAUUUGGUUAUGAGCGAGCUAUACACAUCUGAUGCCAUGGAAAAAAUAUCAACAGAAAAUGAAGAAAGUAAAGACUUACAAGAUGGCAUAGACCCUCAGUCUUACGAUUGGACUGUACACGAAGAUGAUGAUGAUACUCUCAAGAUUAUUUUCUCACCGGACCGUGGCAACGUUAUUUUUGCUAGUGCCUUAGAUGGAUGGGGCUUUACGAUCGGUCAUUUUGCUGAGAUCUGGUCACAGAAGCUGGGGCUGAAUGCAGACAACCUGCGGAAAACACUGUGGGGAGAUUUUUACCUCAACACCAAGACGAGGCGGGUCAUGAAAGGAGCUCAGUCAAAGAGAAAGAAACCGCUGUUUGUCCAGUUUAUUCUCGACAACAUCUGGGCCGUGUAUGAAGCUGUUUGUUUAUCAAGAGAAAAAGAGAAGAUUGAAAAGAUAGUCAAAUCCCUGAAUCUGAAGAUUCCACCUCGAGAUUUACGACACAACGACUCCAAGGUUCUUCUUCAGGCGAUCACAACAAGAUGGCUGCCGGUUGCCCCGGCUGUUCUAGGUGUUGUGGUCAGUGUUUUGCCAUCACCGUUGAACAUGUCCGAUGAACGGGUGGAGAAACUGAUGUGUAACCACUCAAGACGCUUUGACUCGCUACCUCAGGAAACACAGAAUCUGAAAAAAGAUUUUCAGCUGUGCCGCUCAGAUGACGAUGCUCCAGUGAUUGUGUUUGUAUCUAAGAUGUUUGCCAUGGAGAGGAAAACACUACCAAAGCAUCAACAGAGACCGCUGACGUCCGAGGAGCUGCAGGAGAGACACGAGCUGGCCAAGAAGCGACAUGCUGCCCGCCUGGCUCGAGCGAAAGAGCGAGGACUCGGUGCGUCGGAUGUCGACACGGAGAGUCCCGCGUCACUCUCCGAGGAUACGGAGGAGGACACAGCUGAGAUGUGUAAUGGCCAUGUGAGAUCCAAAACUCUGGAUCCAAAGAGUGAGGAUGAUCAUGUAUUUAUCGCCUUUGCACGUAUAUUUAGUGGAACCAUCAGGAAGGGGAAGCAACUAUAUGUCUUAGGUCCGAAACAUGAUCCAACAAAGUAUCUAGAAGAGGGCUGCAUAGACAGAGAGAUUGAUUCGAGUCUUACAGUCCGAGAGUUAUCCAGUACAAAACAUGUGACAGUGUUUACAGUCGGUGAUCUCUACCUGUUCAUGGGGCGAGAGCUCGAAAUGAUGGACAGUAUACCAGCAGGGAAUAUUGUAGGUAUUGCUGGCCUAGAAGAUCACAUCUUGAAAUCUGCGACGAUUUCGUCAACGUGUGCGUGUGCUGCAUUCUCGGACCUGUAUUUUGAAGCAAUGCCAAUCAUCAGAGUGGCCGUCGAGCCGACACGUGCAGGUGACAUGAAGAAGCUGGUGCAUGGUCUGAAGCUGUUGAACCAGGCCGAUCCAUGUGUCGAGGUGUUGGUGCAGGAGACGGGAGAACACAUCAUCGUUGCCGUCGGCGAGGUUCACCUACAGCGCUGUGUGGACGAUCUCAAAGAAAGAUAUGCUCAUGUAAAUGUGCAUGUUUCCUCUCCGAUUGUGCCGUUCCGCGAGACGAUUGUACUUCCACCUAAAGUAGACAUGGUGAAUCAGUCCAUCCACGACCUGAACCAACCCAUCAAAUCAAUGAAGCUGGAAUUUGAGAGCGACGUGAAGGUCAUAAAACAAGGCCUGGUCGAGAUGACCACGUCCAACAAACAGUGCACCAUUCGAAUCCGCGCCGUCCCGCUCCCCUCGUCUGUCACAGACCUUCUGGUGGAGAACGUGUCCCUGAUCAAAACACUCGACUUGUACACCGCAGCACACACCAGCGAUAAAUCGGACAGACAGAAACGGUUUGAGAUCAACGUUUCAACUCUAACCGCUCUUCAGGCACUGAGAGAGAAAAUUGAACGAGCAUUUGACUCAGCCGGGAAAUUGUGGAGAGGUUCAGUUUGUCAGAUGUGGAGCUGUGGGCCACACCGAUGUGGCUCGAACGUGCUGCUGAACAGAAUACCGGGCUAUUCCAGAUCGUCUAUUUGGUGGAGGUUGCAGAACGAAUCACUGGAAUCGUUUUCGGUUCGUAACUUUGACAGCAGUGUGGUGAAUGGAUUUCAGCUGGCAACUGUUUCGGGGCCUAUAUGUGAAGAGCCGAUGCAAGGAGUUUGUUUCAUCAUGGAGAAGUGGGAAUAUGUUAAUGGGGGGUGGUCAGUGGUCGAGGACAGUAGAGCAACAGAUCACUUAAAUGUCUUCAAAGACAAUGAAGUAAUAAUGACAAAGGCUAGCAAACCACAAUGUAAAAGUGAUUCCGUUUCUGAAUGUCCUGAAAUAAACAUAUGCAAUAAAUCUGAUGCAUCAUUAAAAACAACAUUGUCUUCUGAAAGCAGCCAACCAGAGACAUUAAAAAUAACAGUGCUUUCUGACAGCAACCAAUCAGAAUUAGGAAUGAUGUUACAGGCUCCAGUGUCUUCUGACAGCAACCAAUCAGAGGCAUCACAGACUUUGGUAUCUUCUGAAAGUGACCAAUCAGAAUCAUCAGAUAUAAGACAAACAUCAGUGUCUUCUGAAACCAACCUAUCGGAGGCAUUACAGACUUUAGUAUCUUCUGAAAGUGACCAAUCAGAAUCAUCACAGAAAAUGCAAACUCAAAUGUCUUUCAAAAACAACCAGUCAGAUGCAUUGCAGACUCCAGUGUCUCCUGAAAGCGAGGAGUCUGAAUCUAAAAGCAAGGAGUCUGAACCUAAAAGCAAGGAGUCUGAACCUAAAAGCAAGGAGUCUAAAUCUAAAAGCAAGGAGUCUGAACCUAAAAGCAAGGAGUCGGAAUCAUCACAGCCGGUUACCACAGUGUGUCAACAGCGACAGGUGGCGUAUGGCCCGUUCUCUGGACAGCUCAUGUCAUGUGUUAAAGAUGGCUGCCGGAAAGCGUUCCAGACCCAGCCCCAGAGACUGGUGGUGGCCAUGUACAAGUGUAACAUCCAAGCCACAGCCGACGUUUUAGGAAAACUGUACGGUGUGCUGGGCAAGCGGAACGGCCGGGUUCUGAGCGACUCCAUGAGAGAAGGGACGCAAGUCUUCAACAUCACUGCCGUCUUACCCGUCAUUGAGAGUUUCGGAUUUGCCGAGGAGAUCCGGAAACGAACCAGCGGUCUGGCGAGUCCACAGCUGAAGUUCAGUCACUGGGAGGUGUUGGACAUGGAUCCUUACUGGGUGCCAACCACAGAGGAAGAGUACCUCCAUUUCGGGGAGAAGUCCGAUGCAGAGAACAGGGCUCGAAAUUACAUGAACCAGGUACGCAGAAGAAAGGGACUGAAGGUGGAUGAAAAAAUAGUGGAACAUGCAGAAAAACAGAGGACCUUGACCAAGAUGAAAUAAGUUAUUUUAUGAAAAUUAAACUUAAUUUAUCUCAAAAA